CACCAAUUCACCUCUUUUCCUCCUUCAAUCAAUACACUGACCAAAACUAUGUCUCGACGAAUUUCAGCCAAAAGCAAGAGUCUCCAGCCCCGGAGGUUCCUCAGCCCUCAAUUCAUCUCAAGGCCCUUCAGCACUGUUCAGGAUGUUGUUCCCGGUAGCUCUACCGGGCCACCGCAAGCGCCAACACCUCAACGUACCUCCGUGUUCCAAGAUGCACUUCAAGCAACAAUUCCUCGGACCAAUUGGACUAAGGAGGAGAUCUCAGAGAUCUACAACACUCCAUUAAUGGAACUAUCAUAUGCAGCGGCCACUCUCCACCGCCGCUUCCACUCGCCCGCAGCAAUCCAGCUCUGCACCCUGAUCAACAUCAAAACAGGCGGCUGCAGCGAAGACUGCUCCUACUGCGCGCAAUCCUCGCGCCACAACACGGGCCUCAAAGCCACCAAAAUGGUCAACGUCGAGACCGUCCUAGCCGCCGCCCGCACUGCGAAAGAGAAUGGCAGUUCCCGCUUCUGCAUGGGCGCCGCGUGGCGCGAUAUGCGCGGCCGCAAGACCAACCUCCGGAACAUUACCGAGAUGGUCAAGGGCGUGCGGGCGCUGGGGAUGGAGGCGUGCGUGACUCUGGGGAUGAUUGACGCGGCGCAGGCGAAGGAGCUGAAGGAAGCGGGCUUGACGGCGUAUAACCACAAUGUUGAUACGAGCCGCGAACAUUACCCGAGCGUCAUCACCACGCGCUCGUAUGACGAGCGGCUGGCAACGAUCGAGAAUGUGCGUGAGGCUGGGAUCAAUGUGUGCACGGGCGGCAUUUUGGGGUUGGGCGAGAAGCCGAAGGACCAUGUGGGCUUGAUCCAUACGGUUGCGACGCUGCCCAAGCAUCCGGAGUCGUUCCCCGUCAAUGCUUUGGUGCCGAUUAAAGGGACGCCGUUAGGAGAGAGCAAGGCUAUUUCCUUUGAUGCGAUUGUGAGGACGAUUGCAACUGCGAGGCUAGUUCUGCCUGCGACCAUCAUUCGGUUGGCUGCCGGCAGAAACACUAUGACCGAGGAGAAGCAGAUGAUGUGCUUCUUUUCUGGUGCCAAUGCGGUGUUCACGGGAGAAAAGAUGCUGACUACCGCCUGUAACGGAUGGGAAGAAGACAAGGCCAUGUUUGACCGCUGGGGUCUGCGGCCGAUGGAGAGCCACGAAACACUUCAAGGCCAGGAGGAGUUGAAGGAGUCAAUUCCUCUUGUUACAGAGCAGAAGGAGCAGGCAUUGGCCAGCGCGCCAUGAGAUCAUGGAAACGUCUAAAAGUGAUAUUUCAUAGCGUACAUGAAGCUCCUCCUCGCGGAGUUGAGCAUCUGCGCAUUAUUUACAUAAACUACAUAUUUGCCAGCUUUUUAUAUCUAGAGAACUAGGAAAAUGCUCUAUGUAUGCAGAAUAUUGACACUUUCAUGCGGCUAAGCCCAUCACAGC